UCUCUUACAUCAUGUUCCGUUCUCUUCGUUCUGUCUCGGCCUUGGCCACUCGUUCUUCCAUGGCUGUUCGUCAGACCCAGCAGCAGAAGCGUUUCCUUAACAUCCACGAGUACCUCAGUGUCGAUGUCUUGAGAAAGUACGGCAUCAACGCCCCUCGCGGUCAGGUCGCAAAGUCUCCCCAGGAAGCCUUUGAGAUUGCCAAGAGAUUAGGCUCAGAUGAUCUUGUUAUCAAGGCCCAGGUCUUGGCUGGUGGCCGUGGUAAGGGUACCUUUGACAAUGGCUACAAGGGCGGUGUCAAGACCUUUUCUUCCCCUGAUGAAGGUAAGGAGUUGGCCUCCAAGAUGCUCGGACAUCAUCUCGUUACCAAGCAGACUGGUGCUGGUGGAAAGAUCUGCAAUGCCGUCUACAUCUGCGAGCGCAAGUAUGCCCGUCGCGAAUACUACUUUGCCAUCCUCAUGGACCGCAAGACCGCCGGUCCCGUAGUUGUCUGCUCUUCCGAGGGCGGUGUAGACAUCGAGACUGUCGCUGCCACCAACCCCGAGGCUAUCAUCACCCUGCCCGUCGACAUCAACGUUGGUCUCACCACCGAGCAGGCUACCGAGCUCGCCAAGAAGGUUGGCUUCACCCCCGCUGGUGUUGAUGCCGCUGCCGAUACCUUUGUCAAGCUCUACAAUCUCUUUAUCGAUACCGAUGCUACCCAGGUUGAGAUCAACCCUCUUUCCGAGGCCAAUGAUCACCAAGUUCUCUGCAUGGAUGCCAAGUUGAACUUUGAUGACAAUGCCGAGUUCAGACAAAAGGAGAUCUUUGACAAGCGUGAUUUCUCUCAGGAGGAUCCCCGUGAGAUUGAGGCUGCCAAGUACAACCUCAACUACAUUGGUUUGGACGGAAGCAUUGGCUGUCUCGUAAACGGUGCUGGACUUGCCAUGGCCACUAUGGAUAUUAUUCAGUUGCACGGUGGUAAGCCCGCCAACUUCUUGGAUGUCGGUGGCAGUGCUACCCCUGAGGCUGUCAAGGCUGCUUUCGAGAUCAUUACCUCUGACCCUCACGUCACAUCUGCCUUUGUCAACAUCUUUGGUGGUAUCAUGCGUUGCGACAUCAUUGCCGAGGGUAUUAUUGCCGCUGCCAAGGAUUUGGAUCUUAAGAUCCCCCUUAUUGUCAGACUCCAGGGCACCAAGGUCAACGAAGCCAAGAAGCUUAUCGCUGAGUCCAAGCUCCGUAUCUUUGCUGUCGAUGAGCUCGAUGCUGCUGCUAAGAAGGCCGUCGGUCUUUCCAACAUUGUUUCUUUGGCCAGAGAAGCCAAGGUUGAUGUCUCCUUCAACUAAGACCCAAACAAAAAAUUGAAAGAAAGGAAUAUAUAUAUACGAUCGUUGAAAGAAUGAAAAAGAAGAAGAGAAACACGCAUACAAAACAGAUUUCACCCACACUUACUCACAUUCACACAAAUCUACCUCCCAACUCGUCCUUGUCCUUUAUCAUCCUCCUUCAUCCUACUUACUCCCUGAUGCUUAUAAAUAAUUGUUAUCCUUAUGAGCCAUUAAUUUACUACAAAGAAGCAUAUUUUUUUUCUAUCUCUCUCCCUCUUUCUUUCUUUCUUUGCCUUACUUAUCUAUCUUUCUAUCUUUCUUUAUCUCUCUAGAUUCUCUGUAGAUACAUUAUAGUAUAUUUAUGAAUGAAUGAAAACAAUUUCCAUUUUAUUACUAUUACCAU